AUUUAAAUGAGGACGCUGAGAGCUUAUAGCAAUUAUUUAACAUUUAGUCUAAUCUACAUCACCAAAACAAGCCUUAUUUAUUAGAAGACAAUUUUAUGAUUACUCAGAAGUACUUCCAUAACACACAAGGAUCUUUACAACACUUUAGGAGUGCUACGUUAGCGUUAGACCGGCUGACGUCUAUAUUAUCCCGUGCAUUUCUUCUCAUACAAUUGGAGAAAUUAAACGUCUAUUUUCGUUUUGGGUUUUCCAAUUGGCUACAAUGGUGAGCCGUCCUGCGAGUGUGAAGAUUAAGCCCUUAUCCAUGUUUUAAGUACGGCAGACUAACCAGGGCGAAUUCAUGAUCACAUGACCGUGGACAUGGACUUUGUCCUGUCGGAUUUUAUUCGCUCCACAGGGGCGGACCCAGGACUAGCUAGAGACCUGCUUGAAGGGAAAAACUGGAACUUGAAUGCAGCCCUGAGUGACUAUGAGCAGCUUCGACAGGUGCAUGCUGGGAAUCUAUCUUACCCUUUCAAUGAGGGGCGUGGGUGUAGACAGGUGGAAAAAGAAGGUCCAAGACAGAUGCGUGCAUCACUUCAACGACAGGAUGACAUUGUCCAAGAAAAACGUUUAUCCAGGGGGAUCUCCCAUGCCAGCUACCCCAUUGUAUCUCUGGCUCGUACUUGUGUUACCAACAACGGAAGCAGUGAACAACUCCUGGAUACACCUAUCUGCACUUUCCAGCUACCUGACUUGACUGUUUACAAAGAGGAUUUCCGCAACUUCAUUGAACGGGAUCUCAUUGAGCAGUCCAUGCUAGUUGCACUGGAACAAGCUGGUCGCCUGAACUGGUGGGCUCAUGUAGACCAAACCUGUCAAAGACUCCUCCCUUUAGCAACAACAGGUGAUGGUAACUGCCUUCUCCAUGCAGCUUCACUAGGUAUGUGGGGUUUCCAUGAUCGUGACCUGGUAUUGCGCAAGUCACUUUACACCAUGAUGGAGAAAGGAGCAGAAAAAGAGGCUUUAAAACGAAGGUGGAGAUGGCAACAGACACAACAGAAUAAAGAAUCUGGUCUAGUGUAUACAGAAGAAGAGUGGCAGAGAGAAUGGAAUGAGUUAAUAAAGUUGGCAUCAAGUGAACCCCGCACGCACUAUGGGUCAAAUGGUGGAAACUCUGGAGGAGUUGAUAAUUCAGAGGAACCAGUGUAUGAGAGUCUGGAGGAGUUUCAUGUGUUUGUUCUUGCACAUGUAUUGAAGAGGCCCAUUAUUGUAGUGGCAGAUACUAUGCUGAGGGACUCCGGAGGAGAAGCUUUUGCACCAAUACCUUUUGGGGGUAUUUAUCUGCCUUUGGAAGUGCCACCAAACAAAUGCUAUCAGUCGCCUCUUGUGUUGGCGUAUGAUCAAGCCCACUUUUCAGCUCUGGUGUCAAUGGAGCAGAAGGAGCCUGCCAAGGAGAAAGCAGUAGUUCCUCUGAUGGAUUCUGAGCACAAGCUACUUCCAUUUCAUUUUGCUGUAGAUCCCGGAAAGGAUUGGGAUUGGGGCAGAGAUGAUUCUGAUAAUGUGAAGCUUGCAAGUGUGACCUUGUCAUUGGAGGCAAAAUUAAGUUUACUGCAUAACUAUAUGAAUGUUGCAUGGAUUCCCCUGCCUUGUGAAAUGCAGGCUCCACUUGCCCAGCCAGAAUCGCCCACUGCCUCAGCUGGAGAUGAUGCCCGCUCAGUGGUGGAGUCAGGAGAGUCUGACAAGGAGUCGGUGUGCAGCAGCUCCAACAGCAAUGGUGGCAACAAGAGCAGUAAGGACAAAGAGAAGCCAAAGAAGGACAAGGAGAAGGACAAAGAUAAAAAGAGAGCAGACUCUGUUGCAAACAAACUGGGCAGUUUUGGCAAAAGCCUUGGCAGCAAAUUGAAGAAGAAUGUGGGAGGGCUUAUGCAUAGUAAGAGUAACAAGAGUAACUUGAGUAAUGGACAAACUGAUACAUUAGAGAAAAAGAAAAAAGGUUCUGUCAAGUCUCGAAAGGGGAGCAAAGAUGACUCUUCUCUUCCGGAUGGAUCAUUAUCCUCCAUGAAAAGCAGUCUGCCUAAAUCGUCCUCUGAUAGAUUGCAUUCAGAUACCUACAAAUACAGCAGUGAUGUCAAACUCAGUCUGAAUAUCUUACGAGCAGCUAUGCAGGGUGAGAGAAAAUUUAUAUUCGCUGUCCACCUCAUGACCAGCAAUCGUCACCAGUACCAGGAAGAAAUGAUCCAACAGUAUCUUGCUGAUGCAGAAGAACGCUAUUUAGCUGAACAGAAGCAGAAGGAAGCAGAAAGGAAUGCAGUUUUGAAUGGCUGUCUUUUGAAAAAGACAGAACAGGAAGCAUUUUCUCACAGGCGAUUUGAGCACAAGGACACCGUUGGGGAUAAUUUAUCUUCAAACACAUUCUCCACAGUGCAAGGAUAUGGUGGUCCAAAUUCAGGGUAUCCUGUGGCUUCCAAACUGCCAUAUUCGCCUAUGUAUUCUAGUAGGUUUAGCAUUCCUCGACCAGUAGUAAUGAACAGUAUGGAUGGAUCUCUGUCUCCUAGCUCUCAGGAGGUUCGGAGGCAGGUUGGUGGGGGAACUUGCCACAGCCUACCUUCAUAUGCCACCUUACCUCGGUACUACCCCCAGGGACAUGCUCAUCCUUGCCCUACCAGCCCCACCCCUUUAGGAAGGUUCCCUCCUGUAGAUUCAUAUGAUCCCCCAGACUAUCCGCUUGAAUGUGAUGGUGCCUACUCACCACACAUCAGUGGCUACAGGGAACCUGCAGAGAGGGACACCUUUCAACGAAUGACCUCUGCAGAUAGAUCCAAAACAUGGACUGCUUCUAAUAUUCAGCAAACAAAAUGCCGACAACCGAACUGUAGCUAUUAUGGCCGCCCAGAAACAAGCAACUAUUGCUCCUGCUGCUACAAAGAGGAACAGAAACGCAGUAGGGACAAGGAGAAUGAAUCCUUGUCUCACAGGUUCUAAGUGCUUUAAAUGAAGGUGUUGUUUUAUUUUGUGUUAUUGAACUUCAGCUGUGUUGGACCCAGUAAGUAUGUGUGGGCUAUGCAAUAAAGUAUUUUGCCACCUAUGUUGAUGUGUUAACCAGGUGUGCACAAACUAAAGCAAAUGGAAUAUAUUACACAUAGCACUACUAUGGUACAGGAAUGGAAUUCCCAGCAGAGAAGAGAAAAUAUUCUGUUCCUGCUUGAAACUUGUGAAUGGAAAAGGGUCUGUCUAGCAGAACCCUUCUACGUGUGCAUUUUUAGGAACUCUAUAAAACUAGUCUUGGUGAGCAUGGCUCAGUCUGCACAUAACAUGAGCAGCUAGUACAAUUGAAAAUGUCCAGCAUUGUUUGACUGAAGACUUUUUAUUGUUUAAUAUAUAUUUUUACACAGGGGGGGCAGUAUUACAAUUUCCAUGUGUUGUUUUUAAUGCAAUUAAUCUUUCCUUUGUUGGCAAGAGCCCUUGGAAGCCAGACAUUUGACAGCAUUCACCAUCUGAACAUAAUGAGAACCAGGUUAAGAAAGCAUGGUCAUAUCUGACGGUUUAUCCCUGUUUUUUUGUUUGUUUUUUUUUAAUUUUCAUGCCUUUUGACAUAUGCUGGACAUGCACAGCAUAUUUGUGGAGGUCAUCUUGGCCGUCCAUAGUGGUCGCAGCAGAAGGUGUAAUAAGCAACUCUUGCAUUUGCUGACACCCAGAACCUAAGAAACUGGGUAUUCCAUAGACAAAUCCAGAGCUUCUUCCCAAACCUGGGUCCCUUGUAUGCUGAAGUAGCACACUGACCUGUUAGGGCUGCCUCACUUCAACUCUACUAAGUUAUUUUAUAUAAAAACAGAUGUCUUAAAUACUGUUUCAUUUUCAAUUUCUCAUCCCUAUGCUGUCUUGACCUAUUUUAUAUAAAAACAGAUAUCUUAAAUACUAACUCAUUUUCAAUACCUCAUCCCUAUGCUGUAUGACCCUGUUUUGUCAUUGUGAGCAUGACUUCUGCAGGUUACAAUUUGUGCUAUAUUCAAAAGCUGUCAAGUUUAGUAAGGUUUUCUGUUAAAGAAUUAAUAAUUUUGCAUUGCAGGCAUUUAAUGCAACUGUCUGUUUGCCAGUGCAGUUAAUAAAUUAUCAGGAGGACCUGCUUUGGCUUAAACCCAGGGCAUUCAUAUGGCAAUAAAACCAGGGUUGAGGUUGUAAAGUGUCCUUGUUUGUGGAACUAGAAUUUCCUGUUUGGUUGUACAGAAAAGUGAUCUGCUGCUUUCUGCAGCAGUUGUUCAUAAAGCACUUUUGCCACUUUCUCAGAAUCCUUGUUUUUUUAACUGACACAUUUAUUUGGGAUGGUAUGAAUUGGUGUUUUCCUUUGGAAUUGUGUUCCAAAGGAAUUUGAAGUCCAUGUAAUUACAUAUUCUCUCAUAGUGAACUCUGUGGUUACUGUAACCAUUCCCUAACCCUAUCACGCAUGUUACAGGUUCUUCUAAAAUCAUUCACAAUGUUUGUUAUAUGCAUCAACUUAGGAGUCAGUCUGGAAAAGAUUUCUUUUGUAAUUUAAGCAAGUUCAUAAACUGGUCACAACAAAGGUAGUUUCACUGCCAUUUCACAUGUCCAUGUGCAAAGCAAAAUUAUUGCUAAAAUUGUAAACAUUCUGUAACUGUUUAUGGUAACCACAGAGCUGAUUUGCAGGUCACAACAGCUGUCAUUGUGAUAGAUGUGUAAUUGUAGUCAUGCAAGGGCUCAACUGUAAUUUUAACAGGCACUUUAUUACUGUUAUAGCUUAUGCAUGGUCCUGUAGUCCUUAUGAAUUAAAUUUGAAUAACUUUCUUAACUGCCCAUGGACUGUUAAGCAGAUAAGCAAAAGAAAGCCUAGACCUCCAUUUUAUAAAGCAGUGUGAAUGUUAAAUUGAAAGAAAAGGCAGAAUCUUUGUCAGGGGCAGUGAUUUACAGCAUUUCUCGAAAUAAUCAGAUUAUGCUUCUGAGACUUGAAAUUCUGGAAUAUACCACCAGUACUUGCUUCUUGCUGGAUUUCUGUAUUAUUGCAAUAUUCUGUUGUAUAGAAUUUGCACAUUAGAAAUAAAAAGAAAAGAAAGAAAGUAUGCUGUAAAUUAAAACAAUGAAGCACAAA